AAAGCGAAUAAUUUAUCUAUGAAAAAAUUGGAGUCCUUACCUUAUUCCCAUCUAUCCUUUAGUCCUCUACACAGCUCCAAAUCGAAUUUCUUCAACCAAUUUAAGGCAAAACUGAACUCCAUAAAGACAAACCAAAAUUGCAAUUCUCAUCAUGGCUCUAAGACUCUCAUCCGUUGUCUCCUCCACAGUGAUCCGUAGGCGACUCCCUCUGGUGGGUGCCUUUUGUGUUCUUAGUUUCGGCCUCUCCAAUCUCUACGCCGUUUCUCUAUCUUCGAGAACAGGGUGUCCUCAGUCUCUCCCUUUUGCCCCUCUCUUCCGGACGAAAUUCGGUAGUCAGUCUGAGAGUAAGAAAUUUCAUACUGUAAGGAUGGAAGCAAGUAAGGCUACUGUACCCACCAUUGUUGUUUAUGUUACAGUUCCAAACAAGGAAGCAGGGAAAAAAUUGGCUGAAAGCAUAGUCAAAGAGCGGCUCGCAGCGUGUGUUAACCGAAUACCAGGUGUUGAAUCAGUUUAUGAGUGGAAAGGAGAGAUACAAACUGAUUCUGAAGAGCUGCUUAUAAUCAAGACGAGGGAAUCUCUUCUAGAGGCUUUAACUGAGCAUGUCAAGGCAAAUCAUGAAUAUGAUGUUCCUGAGGUGAUUUCCUUGCCCAUAACCGGUGGCAAUCUCCAGUAUUUGGAGUGGAUUAAGAACAGUACCCGGGACUAAGAUGACCAGGCAGUCGCUCAUACCGGUUUGGACUGCAUUAAAUAAGUCUUACUUUGCAUACUUAUCCUCGGAUUACGCCUGUGCAUGCUCUGAAACAUGGAUAAACUCACAUAUGUGAUGAAUUAUGUUAUCGAGUAGUGUACUAUAUACAUUGAUCUUCGUGUGCAGAAAUAUGGUCUGUGUUUGUGCUCGCUUGCUUCCCCGUCCGACCUAAACUAGCCCAGUUUUGGGUCAGUCGAGUUAUCCAUCACGAGUUGAAUCACGCUUUUGGUUAACAAUUUUUUUUGGUGCAUAAUUUAUUGAUCAUUUCGUUAAUUCUA